CGUAAAUCUCAUUUCGUAAGCUUCACCUUAAGGCAAGCUGUCCAACUCUAUUAUUAGUGGAAACUGACUCCAGACGACGUGAACAUUAUUAUUUGGACUUGGGCGGGAAUACUACUUAGCGAUGCUAUUCAUAGCUUCCCAGUUUUAUUAAAUUCAUUCUGGACACAGUUACGCCUAGUUCCUCGAGCCUUUGCGCUCAGCAUCCCUUCUUCAUAUUGCAUACGUAAGCCUCCCGCAGAUUCACUCUAGUGCGGCGAAGCUGGGUAACGGGUGUGACGGCAAGCCCGCCUUGCCUGUCCGCCUUACCAGCGUGCCUGGAUCCUUCGAAGCCAUUAUUGUUAAGUUUGCAAGCGAGAUCGCGCGUUCUGCUGACUAGUCGACCCUCCACAGUUCAUCGUGGUGAUCAUGAAAAGCUUCAUCACGGCGCCGUCGACGGCGCUCCUAGCAGCACUGCUAGCACUCUCUCCUGCCACCUCAGCCUUCUACCUCCCCGGCGUCGCGCCAACCUCCUACAAACCACACGAUAACGUCCCUCUGUACGUCAACAGCGUCAAGCCUGUCGCUGCCCUCCAAGAUGCCCUCCUCCACUCGGUCAUGUCGUACGACUACUAUCACGAACGGUUUGGAUUCUGCAAGCCGAAGGAUGGCGAGCCCAAGUACGUUUCCGAGAGCCUGGGCAGUAUUUUGUUCGGCGACCGGAUCAUGACGUCGCCCUUUGAGCUGCGUAUGGCUCAGAAUGAGACGUGCAAGACGGUGUGCCCGCACACGUACGAGAAAACCUCGGCGCAUUUCGUCAACAAGCGCAUCCAGCAAGGCUAUGCGCUCAAUUGGCUGGUGGACGGGCUCCCGGCUGGCCAGCAGAUCAAGGAUGAAAUUACGGAUACCGUCUUCACCAGCCCGGGUUUCCAGAUGGGGUCGAUGGACUUCGCCAACGUGAAGAAGCCGCGGCCCGUUUUCAACAACCAUUACGACAUCGUAGUUGACUACCACGCGGUUGGUGGAAACCACGAUCAACUCAGAGUUGUCGGUGUCUUGGUCCAGCCGUCCUCGAGGGCAUACCCCACGGGCAAGGUUGACUGCGGCGAGAACCAUCCUCCCAUGUUUCUCUCAGAGGAACAUAAUACUGAAGUCCACUUCACCUACGGCGUCUACUGGAGGGAGUCUGGCACUGCCUGGGCUACGCGAUGGGACAAGUAUCUUCACGUGUUCGACCCCAAGAUUCAUUGGUUCUCUCUGGUGAACUCGGCCGUGGUCGUCGUCUUCCUUGUUGUCACGGUCUCUUCGGUACUCUUCCGAGCCCUGAAGAAGGAUAUUGCUCGGUACAACCGUUUGGACCAAAUCAACCUGGACGAUUUGUCUGGGACCUCUGCUCUCGAAGACGGAGUUCAGGAAGAUUCGGGCUGGAAGCUGGUCCAUGGUGAUGUCUUCCGGACCCCUUCCCACCCUCUGCUGUUAUCCAUAUUCCUUGGCAAUGGUGCCCAGUUGUUCGUUAUGACUGGCUUCACCAUCUGUUUUGCCCUGUUGGGCUUCCUGUCUCCGUCAAACCGUGGAUCUCUCGGGACGAUCAUGAUUCUUCUUUACACUACCCUCGGCUUUGUUGGCGGAUACACUUCCGCAAGGGUCUACAAGUCGCUUGGCGGAGAGAAAUGGAAGCUGAACAUCGGUCUGACUCCACUUUUGGUACCGGGUAUCGUCUUCGCGACCUUCUUCUUCCUCAACUUAUUUUUAUGGGCCAAUCAGUCGGCUGGAGCCGUGCCGUUUUCAACCAUGCUAGUCAUCAUCAGCAUAUGGUUCGUCAUCUCCAUCCCGCUGUCCUUCGCUGGUUCUUGGCUCGGUUUCCGCGCAUCAGCGAUCGAGGCCCCGGUACGCGUCAACCAGAUUCCUCGCCAGAUUCCUCCGACUACGACGUACCUCAGGCCCCUUCCCAGCAUGCUGCUCGUCGGUAUCCUACCCUUUGGCGCCAUUUUCGUCGAGCUUUACUUCAUCAUGAGCUCCAUCUGGUUCAGCAAAAUCUACUACAUGUUCGGUUUCCUGUUCCUGUGCUACGGCCUCAUGAUUAUCACUUGCGCCGCAGUCACUGUUCUCAUGGUUUACUUCCUGCUCUGCGCUGAGAACUACCAUUGGCAAUGGCGCGCCUUUCUUGCAGCCGGCAUGAGUGCGGGUUAUAUCUUUGCUAAUGCCUUGAUUUACCUCAUCAGCAAGUUGUCACUUGGCGGCUUGGCUGGUACAGUGUUGUACAUCGGCUACAGCGCACUACUUUCCUUCCUAUUCUUCAUUCUCACAGGGUCUAUCGGAUUCUUCUCAAGUUGGUGGUUCGUACAGAAAAUCUACAGCUCUAUCAAGAUCGAUUAGAGCACCGAGGCGAGGGUUUGGGUGUUGUUCAUAGUGCUCAAUAUGAAUAUCGGAUGCCAGCGGAAGGCAGGUAUGGGUCAUAGCAUAGGUGUACCAAUAAUGCAG